AAUAUAAAUACAUUAAUGUAGCUAUAUUACUCAUCUAUAAUUGAUCAAGUACAAAAUUCUGGAGUAAUUUUGGUGAAAGUAGGGUAUUCGGCCUUGGUUCAGGAACCAAUCCCCCAUUUAUAACAUUGUUUCUUUUGAGAAAAUUGGUUCCAAGUUACGUUUGGACUUAAGAUGCAGUUUGCAGGAACCAAUUGUGUCGUAAGUCUGAGGACUGCCUGUAUCAAAAUUAGGGGUUUCCUUCAAAAGUCAUCCCAUCAGCAACUCCAGGAACUUCAAGUUAUAGUUAGCAGUCUCCUAUCUGUAGAGAACAAGGAUGGUUUCAUAGUUAGGGCACUAGAGCAGAAUUUGAGAGACCAAGAUUUCUGCCCUGCUGUGGCUUUUCUCUGUGACCUUAGGUAAAGUCUCAUUGUGCCUCAGUUCCCCAUCUGUAAAACAGGGAUAGUAUUUUUCCUUUCCUAUUUCACAAGUAUAAUUGUACUGAAAGACUUUGUGAGGUUAAGAAAUGUACAUUACCCCUGUUGUCAUAGUAUCUAAGAUGCAUAGAUGUAUGUAAACCUUGUCUGGCAAUAACAAACUGUUACCAUCCAGCCCAGCCUGGUAACCAGGCAAGAUCCCAGUCUGAAACUGCCCAGUCAUGCAGGAAAGCUGUGUUCUGUGUAGUGCCGUUGCUAGGACAUGCUCAACCUUUUUUUGAGGGUCCGGACCUAACAUAUCCAUUUUGAGGAAAAAUGAAACACGUCCAAGAUUCCUGAAUAAUAAGAAUGGGUCCAGAUGUACCACUACUAAAUGAUUACAAGCAGGAGUUCUUCUUGAAGCGCUUUCCACAGACUGUCCUGGGAGGUCCCCGAUUUAAAUUAGGCUAUUGUGCCCCUCCUUACAUAUAUGUGAAUCAGAUUGUUCUUUUCCUAACACCAUGGGUUUUGGGAGGAGUAGGAACACUUUUGUACCAGUUAGAUAUUAUGAAAGACUAUUACACUGCAGCACUUUCAGGAGGACUGAUGCUUGUUACAGCACUUAUUCUCCAGUUGACAAAUCUGCAUGCAAGACAGAGAACGGUGACGGUAGAAAGAAUGCAGGUUCCAAAUACCCUAACAGAUGAAGACGAGUAUGAAUUUUCUAGCUGUUUAGGUUCAGAGACAGUAAAAUUUAUUAUUCCAGGCAAGAAGUAUAUAGUGAACACUGUUUUUCAUUCCUUUGUUGCUGGGGUCAUGUGUGGUUUGGGCACUUGGUAUUUGCUACCAAACAGAAUAACUUUGCUGUAUGAUAACGUUGGAGGAACUGUUAUGAUCUUUGUGUUUGGAUGGGUGACUAUAUGUAUAGGAGAAUAUUCAUUAAUCAUAAAUACGGCUACAGAGACAGCUGCUUUCCAAGCACUGGAUACUUAUGAAAUUACUGCUUUGAUGAGACCUUUCUAUAUUUUUGUCUUUAUUGCAGUGGAUCUUGCAUACAGGUUUGCUGGUAACAUACCCGUCCUAAAGCAGACAAACCAGAUCUUGCACAUCUUAUUUCUGUUUCUGCCAUUCUUAUGGGCAUUGGGAAUUCUGCCUCUGCUUGAUGUACUUUUUCUGUGGGGAAUGGAACAAGUGUUGGAGUUUGUCUUAGGAGGUUCACCCAUGUCGAGUAACACAAAGUUAUUAGUAAUGUUUCUCAUUUCUGCUGGAACAGCUAUAGCAUCGUAUUUCAUUCCCAGCACUCUUGGUGUGGUCCUCUUCAUGACUGGAUUUGGGUUCAUACUGAGUCUUAACCCAAGUGAGAUUGUUUUUUCCUUCAAGCACACUAUAAGCAGCCAUUUAGCUUCCAGCAAAUCUCAGACUCUAUCCAGUGGCCCUAGGAUACAGUUUGGGCGAAGGGAAUUCAUUUUCUAUUUGACUGUGUUGACAUUUGCUCUCGCAGAAGCUAGCCUGCUGCAUCACUUUGCUGGUUUUACAGCAUUUUCCAAAGACAGUCCCCAAGCUAUAGUGAGUUACUUUCUGAUCAUAUUACUCCUAAUUAUGUGGAUUCUUAGAGAGAUUCAGAGAGUAUACUUGUUUGGAGUCUUCCGAAAUCCCUUUUAUCCAAAGGAUAUCAGGACUGUGACUGUGUUCAUGGAGAAGCAAAGAAGGCUUAUGAAAGUUGGUGGUGUCAGGAGGAUUUUACUAACACUAGUGUCUCCAUUUGUUAUGAUAGCAUUUAUUUCACUAGACUGUUCCCUACAAAAUCUUCAUUCUGUGUCUGUUUGCAUUGGAUUCACAAGAAUCUUUAGAAUGGUCUGGCAAAAUACAGAGAAUGCCAUGCUGGACAUAGCGGUGGUGUCAGUAGUACAAAUGAUGGUGGUUAAUACAGAUGUAUGGUGGAACAGGAGCUUGGAUACAGGAAUCAGACUCUUACUGGUUGGUGUUGUUCGGGAUCGACUACUUCAGUUUAUCUCAAAGUUGCAGUUUGCAUUAACUGUUCUCUUGACAUCGUGGACCGAAAAAAAGCAACGUCGUAAAUCCUCCACCACAUUAAUUACACUCAACGUUGUUUUCUUCCCUGUUGUAUUGGUCUUCAUUGCUGUUUCUGCGGUGCUGUCUUCCCCCUUGCUGCCUCUCUUCACUCUUCCAAUAUUUUUGAUCGGGUUUCCCAGACCAGUCCGAAGCUGGCCAGGAUCUGUGGGUGCAACAGCAUCUGUUUGUUCCGAUACCGUGUACUACAAGCAGAUGGUUCCAAGUCUGGCUGCCGCGCUGCAAUCUGCACUAGCAGCUGGUAGCUUAGGUCUCUUUUUACCUGGAUCACACUACUUGUGCCGUUUUCAGGACAGACUGAUAUGGAUAUUGGUGAUAGAAAGAGGCUUCACAUACUGUUGUGUUAAUAUUAAGGGGCUAGAGUUGCAAGAAACCUCCUGUCAUACUGCAGAAGCUCACAGAGUUGAUGACAUUUUUGCAAUGGCCUUUGAGCAUGAGGAGCAUGCAAAGACUCUCUCUCUCAAUCAUCAUUUUGGAAACAUUUUAACCCCUUGCACAGCUCUGCCUGUGAGGCUGUAUUCUGAUGCCAAAAAUGUCUUGUCUGGAAUAAUUGAUUCUCAUGAAAACUUAAAGCAGCUGAAAGAUGAUUUUGUUAAAGUGCUUGUGUGGGUGCUUGUCCAGUAUUUCUAUAAUAAAUCGAAAACAUGUGAGAAACUGGACAAAGCAGACAAGGACACAGAUGAAUUAUUUCCAAUAAACAAGCAAGCAUUUAACAAUACAGUGGAAAGACCCAGGUCUGUAAGGGAUGAAGAUAGCUUUAGUGUAGAGACAAUUGAGGACUGGACUGAUGAUAGUGAUCUUUUUGAUCUUGAGCCCACUGGGAGAAUGAGAGAGAGAAAAGAAAUGGGACCAGCAGCAACUGCACCAAGAAUGCAUUUGUCUAUUCCAGGAUCUGUAGAAAUGCAGAGCAGAGAUGGUGCUCUACAAAAGACACAACUUGAAGAUAAACUAUACAGACCCAUUGUAUUUGGACUUCCUGCUCUAGAUAAAGGAAAAAAGCAGGAAGUGUUAAGACUACCAUCACUUGAAUUUAGCUGCUCCUAUUCGGAGCUGCUAAGCAUACCUGAAGAAUGGAGAACAGCGCCCAUCCCUGCUUCCAAACUCAAUGAGAUGAGGCAGAGGUUUCCAGAAGAGUGGUACCAUUUCAUUUUGAGUCAACUGGAUUUUUUUCAUUUGGAAGAAAAGCCUGCCAGUUUACUUGAAGACCUUGCUAAAGACAAAGCUUUGAAAGACUUGUAUAUCCAUGGUGUAUUGUCAUGUUGUUUUGGUUUGUUUGGACUAGACAGUACAGUUCCUGCUCCUAGUCAUGUAUUUAGAACCUACACUGGGGGUAUUCCUUGGUCUGUUGGCUUGGAUUGGCUGACUGGAAAACGAGAGCUGUUCCAGCUUGCACUGAAAGCAUUCAGAUAUACAUUUAAACUCAUGGUUGACCAAGCAAGCUUGGGUCCAGUAGAGAGCUUCAAAGAGCUGGUUAACUAUCUAGAAGAAUAUGAAAAUGACUGGUACAUUGGUUUGGUAUCUGAUAUUGAGUGGCAACAAGCAAUUUUAAAAGAAAAGCCAUAUCUCUUUUCCUUGGGGCAUGAUCCUAACAUGGGAGUUUACACUGGGAGAGUGCUCACCCUUCAGGAGCUGCUAGUGCAGGUGGGAAAGUUAAACGGUGACGCUGUCCGAGGCCAGUGGGCAAACCUUUCCUGGGAGCUGCUGUACGCUACCAACGAUGAUGAGGAACGCUACAGCAUACAAGCACACCCAGUCCUCCUGAGGAACCUGACCGUGCAGGCGGCCGACCCACCCCUUGGCUAUCCCGUCUAUUCAUCAGAACCUCUGCAUGUGCCUUUGUUUUAGACUUUGUGCUGUCUUUUGUACGUUUUAGCUGCAUGUGGGGAAAGAAAAAGCAAUGCUGCAUUUUACACUAGAAGUAUGAAGAUCCUGCUCUCAAAGUGGCACUGGAUGGUUGUGCUGAACCAAUAAGGACUGAUUUGCACAGAAACGGUGCUAGCCAGAGGCAAAUUCUACAGCAGGCAAGAGCAUUCAAACCUGUUUUUCAAAGUACCAUCUCCUUUGUUGCUGUCAGGGCAAGAAGCCACUGCUUCAAGAUGCCCUGAUUUCCAGUUCACAGAAGAGACAUAAUUCUGGCCAUUAACUCCUUAUGGUACAUUCUGAUUAUUUUUUUUUUCCUUUUCUUUUUUACUAGUCUGACAGGUGACUUGCAUCAGUAGGCAAGUUACAGCUCAUUAUAAUACAGCAAACCACAGAGUUGGUCACCAAAGUGUACAUACAACUAUUUAUAUGUAUUUUUUUAUUCUGAUCAUUUUAUAUAUACAAUUGAGUUUAAUUUUAGCACUUGUUUAAAAUAUAUGGCUGUAAAUAUCGUCCU